CGAACUCACGACCCUAUGUGUUAAACCUUGUCACCGUCAGCUUUACCACUAAGCUAGCAUCAUACUGGAAUGAAUUUCUGUAACUGGCCAGAAGAACCAUUUGAAGAAAUGGACAGUACAUUAGCUGUUCAACAGUUCAUACAGCAAACCAUACGUAAGGAUCCUGCUAAUGUUGAUGAAAUAUUGACUCCACCUGAUGGUCAAGAUGAAGGGGUUUGGAAGUAUGAACACCUUAGGCAGUUCUGUAUGGAACUUAAUGGUUUAGCUGUUAAACUACAGAAUGAAUGUAAUUCCGAGACUUGCACACAGAUGACAGCUACAGAGCAGUGGAUAUUCCUUUGUGCUGCUCAUAAAACUCCAAAAGAAUGCCCUGCCAUUGAUUACACACGGCAUACAUUAGAUGGCGCUGCAUGCUUACUCAAUAGCAACAAAUAUUUUCCUAGCAGAGUGAGCAUAAAGGAAUCAUCUGUAGCAAAAUUAGGUUCAGUGUGUAGAAGAGUAUACAGAAUAUUUUCUCAUGCAUAUUUUCAUCAUAGAGCUGUAUUUGAUGAAUUUGAAAAUGAAACAUUUCUGUGCCGUCGGUUCACAGUUUUUGUUACUAAGUACAACUUGAUGUCAAAGGAUAAUCUCAUUGUACCAAUGUUAGGAGAAGAAUCAAAUACAACUGAAAGUGAAGCAUAAAGGACAGCUAGAAAUAUUUUAGUCUCAUAUCAGAUACAUGUAUCAUAUGCCUAAGAUGAAAGUGAGUCAAUGGUAAUGUGAAAGAUCUUGGAACUGAACAUAUGAUUUAAACUGUAUGACUAAUAAUUUUUUCUCCAGUAACUGAUUAGGAGUGGCACAUUUAAUGAAAAUUCUAAAUAAGAAAAGGCCAGAAUGAGAAAUCUAACUAUGCAUUAAAUAAAGCUGCAAUAAUUGAAAACAUUUUUACGAUAAGUGUAACAAAAUAAAGUAAUUUAAUAAUUUUUAUGUCCUGUCCUGUUUGAAAAUAUGUCAUAUGAACUUGUGAAGUAAAAAUAGGUAUAUUUCUUACAUUUCUGUUUCAUGUAACUGCCUCAUAUUGAAAAAUGCAUCAGCUCAAAUAUUUUCUUUUAUUAUCAUUAUUUGUAAAUGAAAUCAAUUUUAAAAUGUUGCUUUUUAAACUUAUCUUUUUUACAUUGGCAGUUUGUAGUAAAAUGUCUUAUGCCAUAGUCAGUUGUGGAACACCUCUUUUAUUAAAAAACAUUCACAAUGACAUUAGAUAUUAAUAAUUCUGUGAAUAAAUUGAUGUAAUAUAUAUAUAUAUAUAUCAAUUUAUAUAUAUAUAUAUAUUAUAUAUCAAUUUAUUCACAAAUAAUAUAUUUAUUAUGAAUAAAUUUCAGUGAAAAAAGAAAGAUUUUCAGAAAAUGAAUAUGAAUAAAUUUCAGUGGAUACAAAUGCCACAAUACUGCUGCAAUUUAUGCUGUAUUUACUCCUGUGAUUUCACCUUCUUUUUUUUAAUUUAUUUUAUCUCUUGGAAAUCUAAGGGGAAAAUUGAUUGGUGUACCAUUUCUGAGAGAACUUGUAAAUUAAAAAAACAUGUGUAGAGAUUAUUAAUGAUGCUACUAUUGUUCACACACACACACACACACACACAUAUAUAUAUAUAUAUCAUAGCUGCCAAUUCUCUCAUUUUUCAUGUUAUCUACCAGUCUCCCAAUAGCUUGCCAAAUCUCCUGGCUUUUAAAGUUUAACCUUUGUUAAGGAAAAUGUUUCAUGACAGCUCCCAUGAAUUUUUGCUUGCAUUUUAAAAGGCAAGAAUACUAACAUUUUCAAAUGUAAUGGGCUAAAGUGAGGUACAGUGCAAAAAGGUGAAAAAAGUUAGAUGGCUUUGAAAGCAAAAUUGCUUCUAUACUGCUCACACGAUUGGUAGCUGUAGUUUGAACUACAUCUUGUUAGUGGUGUGGCGUGAUCUGAAGCGAGAAGUUGCUAUUUAUUAAUUUGCAUUUAAUGUAGACAUUACUAAACCAGAUUUUUAAUAAUUUUAUUCAUUUUAUAAAAAUGAUGCACCUGAAAGCAAUUCCACAUUGCCUGUAAAUAAUUGUUAUAAAAGUCAUUUUCUUAGUUACUUUUAUCAUCAUGGCCCACAGUCUAACAUGUGAGAUAAAACUAAACUACCAUUUGCUACACAGUAUGCAUGCAUAUGUGCUAUGCUAUAUAUAUCUUUUAUUUGGGAAUUUUUAUAUGAAUUAUUAAAACUGUUACUUUCUACAGGUUCAAAACAAUGUUAUUAUCAACAUUUGUAAUAAAGGCAACAUUUCCUAUGGCUGAUGCAGGAAAAUAUAUUUAAUAGUAAAUCAUAAAAAAUCAGCUUGCAUCAUAGAGGACCAAGUUAUAUCCCCAACCCAUAAGACACAGGCUCAUUUCAGAGUUAAAAAAAAUACGACUUAAGGGCCAGGAAAUAUGGUGGUGUGUGUAUUUAAUUGUGUUUACUUCAGCGUGGAAUAUAUAGCUAGUUUAAUAUAUGCCCAAAUAUUUAUGUACAUUAUUAUUUUCAUCAUAUGUAAGAGUACUUUGAUAAACAAAACUCUCCUUCACUACUGAGGAUUUUCUCAGUGUAAAAGCAUAAGAAAAUUUUUAAAAAAUAAAUUAGCCAAAGAACAAAAAAUUGAGAAUAGCCAAUUAAAUGUUAAUGUAUUUUAAAUCGGAAAUGAAUUAUAAAUACAGUGUACUCACUGCCAACUGCGGGCAUCCCCCCCCAUGCGCACUCAUUGCUAUGUAUAGGAGUGUCCAAAAAUUAACAUAUAAGUCUGAACAUGUAGAAGAUUUCUUCCUAAUACAGAAGUCAUAGGUGUAUCUAAUUUUGAAGUCAAGGCCAUAACUGAAGUGUAUGCCAAAAAAAAUCAAAAAUGUAAAAUUUCUCCAAUAUGUUGAUCAGGAAAACACUUAAGUAAUGAUUGAAGAAGAUAAUGACCAAGACCAGCAAUAACUUCUGUCAAAACUCUAUUGGACUUGAUCAACUAAAGGGGAUUUGAAUGCAGUGAUAAAAUAGCACUUUCAAAAAUAUGCAGUGAAAUUCACCAAAUAUUUAAACAUUGUCAAAAACAAUUUUUUUUUUGAACACAAUAGGCAUGAAAAUUGAUAAUUUAAAUUAUCCAUGUUUUUCAGCUAUCCUUUGAUCUCCUUUUCCAGCUUUAGCCUCUCAAUAAUUGAGCAAACUGUUUUAUUCCAUAGCCUGAACUGUGCAUUAUAAAAUGAAUUUUGGAGUCAUUUUGAAGUUCUUUUGAAAUAGUAUUGUCACAUAGCUUGAAAACCUCUUGGUUUUGAAGAUUUCAAGGCAUCUAUGAUAUAUAUAUGUAUAUUUAAAUUCUCUGUGUUGCUUCUCAUCCUUUAGACUACAGAUAAAAGCAAAAUUUCUUGUUUAGCUAUAUAAUCUUGUUAAUCUAGAAUUGUAUUACUGGUAAAAAGCAUGUAACAGUAAAUUUUAAAAGGCUGUAAGGAAAAGAAUAGUCUGUAUUUUCAGUGCAUAUAAUAUCCGAAUGUAAAACUAUUUUAUUAUCUUGAGGUUGACCUAAGAAGAAAGAAUGAAAUGACAUUUGACAAUCAGAAUUAUUUAAUGCUUUGAGAUGAGAAAAACCUACUUUCAUUGAAUAUGAAAAUGUAUUCUGCAGUCUUCAAAGUUCUCGGAGACUAAAUAUCUAUGCAUGUCCCGAUGCAGAACAUAAAUUCAUGCCCUCUUUUCUUUCCAUUUCCCUUUAGUUGCGAAGAGGAAAAUUUUAAUGUCUUUGGGAUAGGAUUUUUAAGAUUUGAAUGAUCUUGUAAUUCAUGCCCAAAGAAUAUCGGUCCAAGAAAAAUCCAAGAAUGAUCAGUCUUGUAGAAUAGUUCCAGUUUGAUCCAAAAGAUGCUGAAUCAUACUUUAAAAAUACUAAGGGGGUGGAAUACACAAGUAAAUACUGUAAUUUUAGUAUUAUUACUUUCAUAAGUAAUUUAGUGUAUCUUUAAAGUGGAAUAUUGAACAUAUUUUAAUUUAAAACUUAUUUUAAUAUCAUAUUUUGCUUUGAGAAAAAUAGAAUAAGAGUUUUAUCAUGGGAUUUGAAAAAAUUUGUCAGUGCCUGUGCCACUUUUUGUGUAAUUUGAUAUUGUCUUACAGUAAUAAUAAAACAAAACUGAGCCUUUCAUGAAGUCUGUAACUUAAGAAAAAAAAAAAUCAUGCCUGAUUUUACAUUUAAUAUGGUUUUGCCAUGACAUUUAAAUGAGGAUCAAAAUAUUGCAUUAUCAUAAUGUUUGCAUUUUGUGUACUUUUCUACUUAUUGUACAACUGAAAAAUGAAGGCAAAGGUUUUAAUGCACAUUUCUGAAAAUAUAUUGUGAAAAUUCCAUUUGCUAAAAUGUAAUUUACAGAAGUAUGCUGUGUAUGCUUUCUUUUGUGCUUUUAUUUGCAUGUCUGUUUGUGUUGUUAUAGAAUUUCUUGUACAUUCAAUGAUUGGCUAGUCAGCUGUAUUUAUUUUCUAUGGUUUGUGUAUUUUCAAGCUGCUUUGAUUAGCAUCAGUUUAUGAUAAUUAUUUUGUGUAUUAAUUUAUGUAUUUAUGAUCAGAAACUCUUCUAAUUAACUUGAAAAAUCACUUCAUAAUUUAAAUAUGAUGUUAUGCAUUGAUUAUCUGUAUAUUUGAGUGUAGGUUCUUAGCAGUAUCAGAUCUAAGUAAUAUUGUUACUAUAAUAAAGUGUAAAUAUUAUUUAACAUAUAUGCAGAAAAACAUCUUUUGUAGCAUAUAUUGUUGUAUUUCUUUUAUAAUAAAUAGAAAAAUCAGCUUAUAAAGCAUCCUCAUUUCAUAAAUCUAGCAUAACUUUACCUGAGCUAUGACCUGUGAUAGACCUUUUUUUUUUUUCUUUUCUUUUUUUUUUUUUUUUUUUUUUUCCGAAAGAAUUGUUCUGGAUUUGUCUUUCUUUGGAGAUGAUAUUUUAUCAAACUAUAAUUUAUUGAGCAUAUUAUGUACUAUAUUCUUUUAGUUGUAUUGAGUAGUUUGCUAUCCAUAAAGUUAUUUAAGGUUGUAUUCUCUACUUAUUAUUUUAAUGUCAUAUGAAUAAAUUGUCAUUUUAAUAAUGUCUCAAAGCAUGAAAAGAUUGAGCAUUAUUAAUUAUAAAAUAUAUGAAAUUUUCAAUAUUAAAAAAGGAAUGAAAUGUGUCUAAUAAAUAUUCUAUAUUUUUUGUAUUAUAUUUUGAUGCUACUUUUCAAGAUAUUAAUUUUUCUUUCCGCAUAUCAAGAUCAUUUGCAGAAUUAUAGAUAAUUUAUUUCUUCAUUACUUUUCACCAUAUGUGGAUAAUUUAAAACUGUUAUUCUUGAUUAAAUAUAAGUUUUACUAUAACCCUGUAUAGUGAACCCCUGGAUGUAUUUUCUAUUAAACUAAAAGCCCAUGAAAUAUGCCUGUAGACUAAUUUAUUGGGCAUAGAAAUGCUUAUUGAGAGCAUUCUUGGGCAUAUAAAUCUAAAAUUAAAAUUUUGGUAGCAUAAAAUUUUUCAAAAUUAGACAUUUUUAGGUUUAAGAUUAAAGAUUGGUUGUACUGCUACUAUAUAAAACUGAGAAUUUACAUCUCUUUAAAAUCUAUACUCAGACUUUUCUUUAGCUGUUUUUAAACUGAGAAUAUAUAUCUAGAAUUUUGGUUGUAUGCUAUUGCUUGAAACUUAGUUCCAUUAAAAAAUUUAAUAUGUAAGACAGAUAUAUUUAAAGCAAAAUAAUUUUUAAAAGUAUGUAUGCAGAAUUUUAGUUGUAUAUUAUUGCUUGAAACUUAGUUCCAUUAAAAAAUUUAAUAUGUAAGACAAAUAUAUUUAAAGCAAAAUAAUUUUUAAAAGUAACUGGUUUUAUAACUACUAAAUGAAGUAUAAUAAAUUAAUGUAUAUUUUUAAAGUCAGAUAAGUUUGUUGAAAACUACUGAUGUUUUACAUUUCUUAUAAGCACAUUAUUUGAUUUUAAACCAUUUGAAACUUACUUUUAUUUAUUUAUUUAUUUUAGCUGCAAAAUCUUUAAAAUAGUUUUUAUUAAAUGCUGGUAUUUAUUUCUUUCAUUAACUGCUAAAUGACGGUUUGUCAGUUAGGGCUUAUAUUUUUAUUUUAAGAAGGAUAUACUGUGAAGAGGAUAUUUUAUAUUACUGAAUGCAGAUAGUAAUUUUUUUAUCUGAAAACUCGUAUCAUAAAUGCAUAACAUAAGCCAUCUGUUAAUUACUCUUGGCACAGAAUUUUAACAUUCACUUUAUCUGUUUUUCUGUGCAGUAAGAGAAUAUUGUAAAAAGAAUCUUAACAGCAUUUUAUGAAACAUUUGUCUUACAAUGGUAUAAAAAUGCAUAGAACAGUAUUUUAAUUUUUCUAUAAUUUUAUAGGUUGUGUUGCUGAAUUUUAUAUAAAAAUGACUUUCAAUAAUUUAAUAUAAAAUUGUAAUGCUUCCAUAAUUUGCUAUAUUGGACUUCCCUAUUUUUAUUUACAUUAUUUAAAAUAUAAAGAUAGGAAUAUGUAAUUGUAUUAUAAAUUUAUAUGGUAAUAAAAGGCUGUACAUAUUUAUUAAAGAUUAUUGUGACAUGUUUGACUUAAGUGUGUUCAUGCAAAGUUAUUUAUAUAUAAACUAUCAAUCUUUGUUAGUGAUCUAAAAUACUUCUUUGACAUAAAAUUUUCUGUGGUCAGCCAUUGUUUUAAUUGUUGCUGUUUUCAUUUUUAAUAAUAGCAUCAUAUAGUGUGAAAAAAAUUGAAAUUGAUUGUAAAAGUUCUAAGAAUACAUUAAAUUCAUGUUUGUGCAAUGUGCAAUAUGUACAGGUUCUUUUGGAGUGGGGGGGAGAAGGCAUUUACUCCUAAAUACUAUUAUAUAUAUUCAUUGCUCCAGUGUGAGAAUCAAGUACAUUCGGAAAUAAAGUCUUUAAAAUAAU